AUGAACGGCUCGGCGCUGGAGCCGCUGCCAGCAGGGCACCCUGGCCAGUGUGUGCCCAACGACCCGGUGCAGUUUGUGCUGGUGCCUGCCGUCUACUGCCUGGUGCUGUGCGUGGGGCUGCCGGGCAACCUGGUGGCUUUGCUGGUGUUCCUGCAGAGCGGCAAGGUGAGGAAGGCCAUCCGCAUCUACCUCAUCAACCUCACGCUGGCCGACAUCCUCUUCAACCUCACGCUGCCCCUCUGGAUCCCCUACUACCUGGCUGGGGGGAACUGGCUGCUCUCGGAGGCCGCGUGCCGCCUGGCCGGUGCCGCCUACUACCUGGCGACCUACAGCGCCAUCACCUUCAUGGCGCUCAUCAGCUUCAACCGGUACAGCGCGGUGCGGGCGGCGCGGCGGGAGCUGCCGCUGACGGGGCCCCGCGGUGCCGCGGUGGCCUGCGCCCUGGCCUGGCUUCUGGGGCUGGGCUGUGCUGUGCCCACCCUGGCCACGCACCAGACCUUCCGCACCCGCACCGGAGCCACGGCCUGCUUCGAGCAGCACGGCCGGCAGCGGGCGUACGCCUAUGCCAUGGUGGGCUUCUUCACCAUCGCCUUCCUGGUGCUGCUGGGCACCUACGCCUCCGUCGCCUGCGCGCUCUCGGUGCCCGCCGCCGCCGCCGCCUCGCCGGGCUCGCACCGGCAGCAGGCGCGGGCCAUGGUGCUGGGGAUGCUGCUGGUCUUCGUGGUGUGCGUGGCUCCCUACCACCUCACGCUGGCCCCCUGGGUGGGCAGCCGGCCCCCCGUGCCGCCCUGCGGGACCCCCGGCACCCUGGAUGUGCUGCACACGCUGAGCGUGGCCCUGCUGAGCCUCAACAGCUGCCUCGACCCCCUCGUCUACUGCUUCUCCAUCCGGCACUUCCGCGCCGACCUGGGGCGCACCCUGCGCAAGAUGGGACGGUGCCUCCCGCUGUCCCCAUCGGCUCCCCCCGUGCCCAGCGCCCGCGCGUCCUCCUUUGCCUCCUCAUAG